CGUAAGAAACAAGUAAUGCAACUCUUGUCCCCAACCCCUUUCACCAUUUAUUGCUAUAAAAUGUACCCUCUCCUACCAUUUUUUCCAAUAUAAUUCCUUCAAUUCAAUCUUAAUUGCCUCAAAUUCAUUAUAAUAAGAUCAUAUCCCAACAAUAUAUUCUUCCCUUCUUCCACAUCAUAAAUAAUGUCCCAAACACCAAACCUCAGAUCAAGAACAUCGACAUCGUCUGCCCCUCAAGCAGCAGACGACGAACGAGCAGCCAAAAACUCGGAACCACCUCGAAGACUCGAGGUGGUUCCAGAGUCUUUGCCACCUCCGUCGUUGCCGCAGCGUGCCCUGGAGAGCACGGCAAACCUCGCCAACCUCCUCCCGACAGGCACGCUGCUGGCAUUCCAGCUCCUCACCCCAAUCUUCACCCACAACGGGUCGUGCGAUGCCGCCACGCGGCCCCUCACCCUCGCCCUCCUCUCGGCCCUCGCCCUGUCGUGCUUCCUCGCCAGCUUCACCGACAGCGUGAGGGCCCCGGCGGGAGGGAGGGUUUACUACGGCAUCGCGACUCCGAGAGGGAUGCGGAUGUUCGACGCUCCCGCGGCGGCGGCGGCCGGAAUAACCGCGAAGGACUUGGAGAGGUACAGGGUGGGGUUGGUCGACUACGUCCACGCCGUUCUGUCCGUUCUGGUGUUUCGGCUACCGCCUUGAGGGACAAGAACGUCGUGGACUGUCUCUACCCGAGAGCGGGCGUGGAGACUAGGGAGGUGUUGGACAUUGUCCCCAUCGGAAUCGGACUCCUCUCUAGUCUUCUAUUUAUUGCCUUCCCCACAAGGAGACAUGGAAUUGGAUUCCCCGUUACGUCUGGGGGCAUACCAGAAAAAGAUUACUAGCUGAUGACUGCCGU